AUGUUUUUACAGCUUCUCUUCCUAGCAUCUAUAUGUUCAGCAACGAUCUACGAAAGACUCUCGGACGUCCCGACACAGGACUUUGAUUAUAUUAUUGUAGGGGGCGGAACGGCAGGAAACGUCCUCGCCAAUCGUUUGACAGAACAAAAGAACACGUCGGUGCUCGUCCUUGAAGCGGGGCAAUCGACCGCUGAUGUCCUGCUUUCUCAGGUGCCGUUCUUCUGCACGGAGGCGACGCCUAACACACUAUUAGACUGGAAUUUUACCACCACAUCCCAGUCCGGCUUGAAUGGACGGUCUAUUCCGUAUGUGAGAGGAUUUGGAUUGGGUGGGAGUAGCGCCGUUAAUUAUAUGACAUACACGCGUGGUUCGUCGGAGGACUAUGAUCGAUACGCUGGUGUUACUGGGGACCAGGGGUGGGGGUGGAACAAGAUGCGGCCAUAUAUUCUAAAGACUGAACGCUUCGUCGCCCCUGCGGACCAUCACAAUACCACCGGUCAAUUCAAUCCUAUAGUGCAUAACUUUGAUGGGAUGAACUCCGUCUCACUCCCCGGAUACCCACGUACUAUUGAUGAACGGGUCAUCCAAGUUACAGGGGAGCUCCCGGAUGAGUUUCCGUUCAAUCUAGAUCUCAAUUCUGGAUAUCAUCUGGGUAUUGGCUGGCAUCAAAAGAGUAUCGGGAACGGGACGAGGAGUACUUCGGAGACGGCGUAUCUCGGUCCUGGGUACGUCGACAGGGAAAAUCUGCAUGUGCUUGUCCAUGCAUACGUAACCCGAAUACUUUCACUGAAUGAUUCGAACUCAGACGGCUUACCACUAUUUAACGCUGUCGAGUUCACCCAGGAUGCUGGAGCGACAAUCCAAACCCUUUCUCCUCCUAAACUCAAAGAAAUCAUCUUAUCAGCUGGGUCCUUGGGUACACCUCACAUCUUGCUCAACUCGGGUGUCGGGGAUGCCGAUGAACUCUCUGCGCUGGGCAUUUCCUCGACCGUGCACCUUCCCGACGUCGGGAAGAACCUGACAGAUCACCCCAUGUGGAACCUUGCGUGGACGGUCAACGACACGAACACACUCGAGAACGUGUACUGGAGGAACGAGACGUUCCAAGCUGAGGCUCUGGAGGAAUGGCAAGUAAACCGAACCGGGUUCGUAGCCAAUACGUUUUCGAAUCAUUUGGGGUUCUUCCGUGUUGGAGAAGGGGUAUUGAAAAAAGAGCCAUGUGCGGGAAGGAGGACGGGGAGCUAUGAGUUGAUUUUCUCGGGCGGUAUACCUAGCGGUCCCAUCCCGACCACUGGAGACUAUAUGACAGUUUCGACUGUUGUGGUAUGUCCACUAUCUCGUGGCAACGUUACCAUUAACAGCACCGACCCCCUCGCGCCACCGGUCAUCAACCCCAACUUUUUCUCGCACCCUCAGGACAUGACGGUCAUGCAGCAGGCCGUCCAGGGUGCUAUUAAGUUCGCCACUGCGCCUGUAUGGGAGGAUUAUAUCCUAGGGCUCGCGACGAAUAUCACGGAUCUAGAAGGGGGCAUACGAAAUGGGGCUGUGACGACGAAUCAUCCGGUUAGCACUGCCAGUAUGUCACCGCGCAACGCGCCUUGGGGAGUCGUCGAUCCAGAUUUGAAGCUCAAGAAGGCUGUGGGAGUGAGGAUCGUGGAUGCGUCGGUUUUGCCAUUUAUACCUGCGGGGCAUACGCAAGCGGCGGUGUAUGCAUUUGCAGAGCGGGCGGCAGAUUUGAUAAGGGCAGAUUAA